AUGUUAAGAAAGCAGUUGUUUAAAACCCCAGAAGAGACGAGAAAAAUUACGGAGAGAGAAAACACAGAUGACUUGGAAGUUCAAGAUGAGUCACCGCUUAGGAGAACUCUUGGUAUAAUUUGUGCCAUGUCAUCCUGCAUCUUUUUUGCGUUUUCCUCCCUCCUUGUCAAACUACUUCGAGAAAUUCCUCCCCAGGAAGUCGUUUUCUUCCGCAAUAUGGUUCAAGUUAUCUUUGUCCUUCCCCCGUUAAUCUACAACAAGAUUCCAGUUGUUGGCAACACGAAGCAUCUUCCAUUUUUGUGCGUUCGUGGAAUCGCCGGAACUCUUGCUCUUUGCUGCCAGUUCUACGCUUUCCAGCACAUGGCCCUCGCAGAUGCGACUGUUAUCGUGUUUUCAGCUCCUAUAUUCACGGGAGUUCUGGCACAUUUUCUUCUUGGUGAAGCUUGGGGAUGGUUCGAUGCAGUGGCGACUUUACUCUGUUUUACCGGCGUUGUCCUCAUAGCAAGACCGACGUUCUUGUUUCCUCGGCCGAUUGAGUCCACGACUCUUGCAAGUGAUUGGGAACAGGUAAUUAAGACCAUAAUUUUAGUUCAUAUUAGUGUUAUUUGUUGACCCUUUUAUUUCCACAUAGAAAUAAAUAAAGAAAAAAUGUUCGAAAUUUCAUUUCAGUGCAAAAUACUGCAUGGUAACAGAUUGACCUCGCAAAAGUAACUCUCGAGAUGAAUACGCGCUCAUUUCACCAUGUAUAGUCAAACUUCUGAGACGUUUUAUGUUUUAAAAAAUGACUUUAUUCAUAGUUGUAACAUAAUUACUGGUAACCCAUUAGUUUACAUUGUGGCCCACAAAUGAGGAGAGAAACAAAUAAUCGAACUGAAAAUAAAAUUUAAGAAUCUCAACUGGCCGGGGGCAAACCAAUCGGUUAUAUUAAAGAGGGUCUAAGUGGGAUUUACCGUCAGCCGUCAAACGGCCUAAAAUUGAACAGUGUGUCAAAAAUGCAAAGUGAUUUUAACCGUCAAAACCCUUCAGGGUAUUUGAAAACCAUUCCAAUAUUCUAUUUCCCAUGUAGGUCACUGCUAGCCUGGUUGCCCUCCUUGGUGCCAUAUUGACCUCCAUUGCUCUUAUCGCCAUAAGAAAGCUGAAGGGGGUCAACUUUUUGGUGCCCGUAUUCUUUGUUGGACUUUCCAGUGUGGUCCUCACAAUGGGAGCUAUUCUUGCAUCAGGAUCUUUCCAGAGUGUCGUAUGCGGGCACUCACAUGAAUGGUUCCUUUUGGCACUUGGCUUCUGUGGUCUUGGUGAGUGAUUUUUCGUCUAUAUCCACAAGUAAAACCAUGUUCAGCUAAGCGUUAAUACAGUGAUGUCGUUAACCCCCCCCCCCCCCGUGAUUGUUUGCGGUGGAACUUAUCCAUGGGGGGGAUACUUGACCAAUAUCUGGGUACAGGUGAGCCGCUGAGGGUUUGAGACUCUGACCCUGUGUAGGACAAAAAAAAAUCCUAAAAUACAUACUUUGUUUGGGAUAACACCCUCAGUUUUAUUACCCUGUUAAGGACAAGGAGUGAAUGCACACUUUGUUUUAAAACCAUUGCGUUUGUAUACUUGGAGUACAAACAAAUUCCAUCCAGCAAAUCAAAUCGAUCGCGUAGGCAAUACCCUGUUUAUGAUAACGGACAGACUUGUGCGAAAUUAUGUACCCUGUUUAGAACACAGGUGAAAUAUGAGGGAGUACCCCUGGAACUGAUAAUCAAAAACCUCCCAUUUAUAUUAUCACAGGUGGCCAGGCCCUUCUUACGAGAUCGGUGCAACUGGAGAGAGCAGGCGUGGUUGCUCUUGUGCGAACGUUAGACAUCGCCUUGGCCUUCAUUCUGCAGCUGCUCUUUUUGGAUUAUACCGCUAACGUUUACAGCAUCGUGGGCGCAGCGCUGGUUUUGGGGUGCAAUAUAUUGGUGAUUUUAAACCGAGCCGGGCUCACCCCGAAUAAGGCCACUAAGAACCAGGGAGGCCUGCCAGAGGAAUUGAAAAGUCUUAUUGGAACAGUAAAGGGUCAGUUAUAUGGCAGGAAUAAUUGA